AAUUCAAUCACUUGCAUCAAGUCGGACCCUGCUUCUAGACGGUUAAAUCCAAGAGAAUUCACAAGUGCAAGACCAUCUCUCAUAGCUAUAGCUUCAGUAGAAAGUACAUCGACGGCAAAAGGAAUAACCUUACAAGUAGCUGCAAUGAAGUUACUUUAUUCAUCUCCCCUUUUAAUGGUAGAGAUUAUGUACAUCAAAGGGUAGCAGGGUAGCUUGGUCGGGAGUUCUUUUAUUUGAGUCUUUGUUAGUUCCGUUGCGUUCCUUUUGCUUCAAUUGUAAAAGGAAGCGGUAUGAUGACAAUAUUGGUACGUUCGCAUUGUGCUUCUCCUCUCCACGCUCCCUAGUUUUUGUACUUCUUUUAGUCUCAACCACAAAAACCAAUGUAGUCCCUUGGCACUGUUCAAAAAAUCUUCUGAUUCAGCGAUUUAUCGUCCGAUUUAUCGCUACUCUUGGGGUGACUGAUAAGAUUAUGUCUUAUCUUCAUCAUUUAUCGUUUGUGCCGAUUUAUUUCUAUGACAAGCGAUUUAUCAAGAAUCUACCGAUAAAUCGGGCCUAUUCAUAGCACUAUGUUCGCAGAAACUAUGUUUAUUUGCAUUUUGUGGACCUUGUUAUGCUAUAUGUAUUGUUGUACUAUUUUGUUUGUCAUUAUACGAUAAUUCAAAGGCUAGGAAUCAAGAUAACACUUCUGCCCAAUAUUGUUUUGGUGUUGAAUAUAGCAUAUUUUAGUGUUGAGAACCUAGGAUUUGUAAAAAAAAAUGGUUGACUAAUAGCCGACCGGUAAGAUCGAUUAAUCGCCCGAUUUCCAAUUAAUCUCUAAUCCUCAGCUGACCGAGACACUAACAAUAAGCGAUAUCCUCAACAUUGUCCCUUGAUAAAGAAAUAUAAGAGCGUUUAGAUGACGCUCUUAUACUAAGAAGACUAGGCCUACAAGGGUUCGAUUUUUCUGGAUUUUUCGGAAAUUUUUUUACCGCCCUUGUUAGCACGACGCGUGUGCUCAAGAGUCUCUGGGCGUAGCUUUUUUUUUUUACUGGCAAAGCAUUUUACACGUUUGGAUUUCUAGAGAGGUCGACCGCCGCUUUGAAUGUCUAAUCUGUCCCUUACAAUGUCUGGUCUUCCUCCAAUCGUGGGCCGCGUGGCACGGUUUUCACCACGUCGGUUUGCGAGAUGUCUCGAGAUCGUUCGUGGAUCCAUCCAGUCUAUGGUCCCACCGCCUUUUCUCUUGUAUAAAUAAGGAGUCUCCCAUCGCCCAACAGAAGACGAGCUCUCGUCCAUGGCAAAGAGAAAGAUGCAGAAAGAAUGGUGUCCGUACAGAGCAUGGGACGGUCGCAGCCGGGUACCCAAGGUGCCGGCGCUACUGGCUGACAAAGCCGCGCUAUGCUGCACAUGAGGAGGAUUGGAGGAACACCCAAUCAAUCGGAGGGCGGGUGGGCUGAGCAGCCGGACGGCGCUGCCAUGGGGGCAAGCGGUGAGCACGUGACAUGUAUCUGCCACUGCUGGCGAACGCUCCCGGCGCUGGAGACGGCCGUUCUUUUCCGCAGAGCUCUCACAAAUCAGUCAACCUACGAAGUGGCCAGAUGGAAGGGGCUAUUCUACUUGAGGGUAAUUCUGGACAAAGCUCAUCCAUUCAGUAAAUGCAUAUAUAGAAACAUCUGUGACUUCUGCCUCACUAUGGAAUGAAGUUGCUCCCGAAGUCAUGUGAGGCUAGAGAUAUAGUUUACUGUCCUAUGAUUUCAGCAAUAUACGACUGGAAGUAGGUUCCUGUGAUUGAAACUGUACAGGGUGAUUUCUCACGCUUCUGUAUGAAUGUGAAUUCGAGCUGUGAUUGUAUGUCGCAGUCUACAGUUUUGCUCCUCUCUUUUCAUAGCCAAGCACAGUUUGCUCUUUUAAGCCAUUUGUGUUUGCAUCGCCAUUCAGAUUUUCUGUGAACUCAAUACCCUCCAAUUUCUCAUUCUUCUACUGUUCCGUUGUGCAAUAACCUUUCAAUCUAUGUAUUGCUUUAUGAAUUAGCAAAAAAAAAAACUCUGGCUAGAGAAAGCUGCAUGUAUAAUGAUGCAUAUA